CCUCGACAGGGUGGAAGGAGGGAGGAGAAGGGCGGGGCACGGAGGCCCAAGCGAGGGACCAGACUCAGCUCUGACUUUUUCCGCCGCGCUCGAAUUCAGACAUGUCCCCCGCCCCUGUGCCAACCUCUUGACGUGAUGGUCUCCUGACGUCCCCACCCAGGCUUCCAACGCAGCCAUGUCACUCCUCUUGCUGGUGGUCUCUGCCCUUCACAUCCUCAUCCUCAUCCUGCUUUUCGUGGCCACUUUGGACAAGUCCUGGUGGACCCUCCCCGGGAAGGAGUCCCUGAAUCUCUGGUACGACUGCACAUGGAACAGUGACAACAAAACGUGGGCCUGCAGUAAUGUCAGCGAGAAUGGCUGGCUGAAGGCGGUACAGGUUCUCAUGGUGCUUUCCCUCAUCCUCUGCUGUCUGUCCUUCAUCCUGUUCAUGUUCCAGCUCUACACCAUGCGGCGAGGAGGGCUCUUCUAUGCCACUGGCCUCUGCCAGCUUUGCACCAGCGUGGCGGUGUUUACCGGGGCGCUGAUCUACGCCAUUCACGCCGAGGAGAUCCUGGCGGAGCGCCCAUCAGGGGGCAGCUUCGGUUACUGCUUCGCCCUGGCCUGGGUGGCCUUCCCCCUCGCCCUGGCCAGCGGCAUCAUCUACAUCCACUUGCGGAAGCGGGAGUGAGGGCCGCGCGUCCCCUUGGCUUCCCAGCCGGCUCCCGGCCCCUCCACCUCACCCCGAAGCCCCCACCCCGCCUCCAGAAAAUAAAACCAUUUAACUGCUCGUUCUA